AUGCUCUCUCUUUUCUAUUCUUCUCUCCUUUUCAUCUCCGGUGUCGCAGCAAAAAAUCCUUUUCAAUUCAACGAUGAUGAUUUUAUCAAAUAUCGCACCUUACCCAACCAUCGCAUAAUUAAAUGGAACAUCACUCAUUAUGAUCGCUCUGCCAUAGCUCCAGGUUAUUGGUUUACUGCACCUUACUGGAACUGGCUCGGCGAUACAGAAUCAAAACAAUGGGUCCCGUACCAGACAGGACCCCAUAUCUUUGAUCAGGAUGGUGUCCUGGUGUGGGCCGGCUCGCAAGAGUCCGAUAAUAGACCUUCACAGGACUUCCAAAUGAUCGAUCUUGCAACUGCGGGUGUGCCUGGUUCUGAAGGACAGAAAUAUAUGGCUUGGAUCUUGGGCUACGAGCCGUAUAACCCGGUGACCAAUGGCUCCGUGAUGAUUUACGAUAAUCACUACAACGAAGAGCGCAACAUCACUUUCUCGUCUUCUGAGAUCGACGCCCACGAGUUUAACGUGAUUGAACAUGGGACGAAGGCCCUUAUGAUCCUAGACAGUGUAGAGGUCCAAACCCUUGAGGAUUUUGGCCAGCCAGAGGUAUCAACGCGCAUGAAAGGCACUGGAUUCGUCGAGCUUGACCUUCUGGGUCCGGGAAACAUGACGCCACAAAGGAUCGUGGACUGGCGCGCUUGCGGUAAAGUCGGCUUGGAUGAAAGCUAUGUGACGAAUAUUGCAUACCUCGACUCGGACUUCAUGCACGCCAAUUCCGUCGAGAAAAGCCCGUACGGUGACUAUCUGCUCUCUGCCCGACACACGAGCACGAUAUAUCUUAUCUCCGGCCAGGAUGGGCAUAUUAUCUGGCGUCUUGGCGGCAAGAAGAAUAACUUUGCAAAGGACUUUGACUUUUUCGGCCAGCACGACGCCAGAUUCAUCGCCGUGAACGAGACAAACUACGUGAUUUCAUUGAUGCAGAACGGCGCCAUCGGUCUCAAUGUCCAACAAAACGUUUCAUCAGCCAUGUACGUGAACGUAGACGUUGUGAGAAUGAAAGCGACCUUGCUUCGUCAAUAUAUGCGACCGGACGGAGGAAGCACUGAGCGCCGUGGAAAUAUGCAGACACUUCCCAACACCAACGUCUUCGCUCACUGGUCUGCGCAGAGCUAUAUCAGUGAAUUUUCGGCCGAUGGCAGGCUGCUCAUGGAGGCCAAGUUCGCUUCCAAACGAUUCGAUUCAUACCGAUGCUACAAAUACCCCUGGGUUGGCCGCCCUUCUUCCCCACCGACGCUUUUGUCUGAAUCAUACGGCAUCGAUGGACAUGAGCUCUCGACAGUCUUCCACGUCAGCUGGAAUGGUGCCACUGACAUCGCACACUGGAGAUUCUUCGCGCAAGCAAAUUCGACCAGCAAUAGGACAGAAAUCGGUACUGUUCAGAAAGAUGGAUUCGAGACUUCUUUUAUUGCCCGAGGUUUCAUGGACUGGGUUUCUGUUGAGGCCCUUGAUGCGGACAUGGAGGUAAUGGGUGUGUCUGCUCGCCUACGCACCCCCAGUCCACAGUACUGGACUGGUGAAACUCUGCCCGAAGCCGAUGACCCCGAAGCCUUUUUGGUCCAUGAAAUUGUUGGCGUCGAGACAAAACAAGGCACCAGCGUACUUGUUAAACUUUUCAUUGCUGGCGUCUUUUCAGGUGCACUUGCCUGGACCUUGUUCUGUUAUAAACAUAUCCUGAAACAGUACGGCGUCCGGUGCUAUGACGAUUUGAUUUCGAAGUCGUGGAAUUAUCUGCCAGUAUCGACAACUAGUCCUACCGAGAGCCAAGUCCAGAGCAGUCAUGACUUUCCUAACGGAGAAAGCUGA